AUGGCGGGGGGAUUUGGGGUUACGUCCGCAGGUGGCGAAGAAUUUGAAGCAAAAAUCACUCAUAUCGUUAUCAUUUCUUGCAUAUUGGCCGCUAGCGGAGGCCUCAUGUUUGGUUAUGAUAUUGGUAUUUCAGGGGGUGUUACAUCCAUGCCCGACUUCCUGAAGAAAUUCUUUCCAUUAGUAUAUAAGAGGCAACAAAUUCCAGGGCUUGAGAGCAAUUACUGCAAAUAUGACAACCAAUACCUGCAAUUGUUCACAUCUUCAUUGUACCUUGCUGCUUUAACGGCAUCAUUCUUUGCUUCUUACACUACAAGAAAGCUAGGUCGAAAGAUGACCAUGUUAGUUGCCGGGAUUUUCUUUUGCGUUGGAACCAUUCUUAAUGCUGCAGCUCAGAACCUUGCCAUGCUUAUUAUCGGGAGGCUCUUACUUGGUUGUGGAGUAGGAUUUGGUAACCAGGCGGUACCUCUUUUCCUUUCCGAGGUUGCACCAUCAAGGAUUCGUGGGGCUCUUAAUAUACUCUUCCAGCUCAAUGUCACCAUUGGACUUCUCUUAGCAAACGUUAUCAAUUAUGGUAGUUCCAAGGUGACAGGGGGGUGGGGAUGGAGGCUAUCAUUGGGUUUGGCUGGUGUUCCGUCAGUUCUAUUAACGAUUGGGGCUCUGAUUGUGGUGGAUACUCCUAACAGUUUGAUUGAGCGAGGCAAGUUAGAGGAAGGAAAAGCAGUUCUUAAGAGAAUUCGGGGCGUUGACAACGUUGAUCCGGAGUUUUUAGAGCUUCUUGAGGCAAGUCGCAUUGCUCGAGAAGUUAAGCAUCCCUUCAGAAAUCUGUUGAAGCGUAAGAAUAGGCCUCAACUGAUUAUUACAGUGUUUUUGCAGUUCUUCCAGCAAUUCACAGGCAUUAAUGCAAUCAACUUCUACGCUCCAGUUUUGUUUCAGACCCUGGGAUUUAAAAAUGACGCUUCACUUUACUCCGCUGUUAUAACAGGAAGCUGUAUGGUGGUCGGAGCCAUUAUAUCAAUUUACUUGGCAGACAGAGCCGGCCGCCGCGUUCUUAUGCUAGAAGGAGCUAUCCAAAUGUUGGUUUCUCAUGUUGGUGUAACAAUAAUACUUGGACUUAAACUGAAAGAAACCACAAGCAGCCUUGAUCGCGGAAUGGCGAUUCUGGUGGUAGUGUUGGUCUGCUCUUUUGUAGGUUCGUUUGGAUGGUCUUGGGGACCUCUUGCCUGGCUGAUAGCUAGCGAGAUAUUUCCGCUAGAGACACGAUCGGCAGGGCAAAGUGUGACCGUCGGUGUCAAUAUGUUCUUUACAUUCGUCAUAGCACAAGCUUUCCUCUCGAUGCUUUGCCACCUGAAGUUUGGCAUAUUCUUAUUUUUCGGAGUUUUUGUGUUCAUCAUGUUCUUGUUUGUGCUCUUCUUGCUUCCCGAGACCAAGGGUGUGCCAAUUGAAGAGAUGACGGACGUUAUUUGGAGACAACAUUGGUUUUGGAAGAGAUAUAUUGAGGACGAUUCUGAAGAUGAUGCCAAGAGGGAGCAGGGAUAUGCUUGA